AUGGAAAGCAACAGCUCGGACUCGCGCAGAUCGUUGGGCGAGGACCAGCGCGCCGUGUACACGUUCGCUGUGCCAGUGCUCCUGGUCGGCUGCUCGCUGGCAUUCCUUUUCAAUGCAGGUGUUCUAGUCUCGUUACGCUGGCUACGGCGUCCUGUAUCCCCGACGCUAUGCUUCAGCCUGUCUCUGACAUUUGCCGACGCCUACUCAGCCCUACUGCUGGCCACUGGACUGAUCCUCAACAGCUACCUGCCUGUGUACGGCAUCUCGCUGGGUUCCCAGGAGCGCUGCAUAGUGCUCGUCGUCGAGGUAUUUCGUUUGUCAGGACUGUUGGCAUCAGCAUUCCAUCUUCUCGCCCUGGCUGUUAAUCAUUACGUGGGAAUCCUGCGGCCCCUACACUACGCCGCCAUGGUCACGCGGCGCUCUUCGGAGCUGUCCAUCGCCGUACUGUGGGCAUUACCCGUGAUAGUGUUCUUCGUCUACUUCGCCUCGGUUCCCGGCCAGGGGCUCCAGUCCCCCGGGUGUGUCCAGGUGGACUUCGUGCGGGGUCGCGCCUUCAGCCUCACGCUGCUCGCUCUUUUUUCGUCGCCACUGGUCGUCAUGACAUUCAUUUACUCACACAUCUUUUUUGUCAUACGACGCCACCGGGCGGGCUUAGUCAGUUUUCCAUCGGCUCGCCAGCUGAACCGGAAUGUCAAGGCUGCCUGUACGACGCUCUGGAUAUUGGGCACGUACCUCGCCGGCUGGAUGCCAGCUGUAGCCUUCAUCGUCCUCACCUGUACUGACUGCGCUUUUCCGAUCUACGAUCUGCCCAUGUCCACGCGCAUGACUCUCGGCAUUUUCACCAAUGCUCUCAUCAUCUCUAAAGGCCUCAUAGACCCGUUCAUUUACGCAGCGCGCAUGUUCGAGGUCAAAGAGGCUUUGCAGAACAUGCUUCGCUGCCAUUCCCGCAGGACCCAGAACGUGCGGCGGCGCUCUCUUCUCGUUACGAAGACGGACACGCUAACAUCCAGCCUUCGUUUGAUUCAGCUGCGCAGGGACUCAUUCAUUGUGGCCAAACCCAGACCGGAGAUAUGUCGUUGCUCAAGAGCAUGA